CAAAGAAAGUAAUUUUUGGCAAUAAAAUAGUCAUGAAAAUUGAGGGCUAGUUGAUUAAUUAAAUUAUGUGUCCCUUUCUUUGAAUCAAUAUAGAAAUAAACAAGCAACUAUUUGCAUGAGCACUAGGCACAUGUAAUUAUUAAUUAUAGCAUUAGUUACACUGAUCCAUGUUUAAAUUUGCUGGAAUUGAAGAAGUUUAACAGGGAAAUUAUGGAGAGGCAUAGCUCAAAAUGGUACAAUGUUCAAUCUGUGCCCCAGUCCUAUACAUUUCCGCCAGAAGAAAGACCAGGUGAAACCCCUAUUAUACAAAUAUGCCACAAAAUCCCAGUUAUUGAUCUUGAAAAAUCCCUAGUAAGUUCUUCAGAAAAAAUGGAAACAAUCAAGCAACUCCUGCAAGCUGGUCAAGAAUUUGGAUUUUUCCAGGUGAUCAACCAUGGAAUCCCAGAGGACGUGAUGAGUCAAACAAUAUUGACCUUUAAUGAGUUUUUCGACAUGGCUGACGAACAAAUAACAAAUGUACCAGCAAGAAAAGGUUGGAUCUACACAGGGAGCGAACAAGAAGUUAAAGAUGGUGUGCAUUUAUGGAGGGAUAAUAUAAAACACCCUUGUCACCCCCUGGAAAAAUGCAUGCAAAGUUGGCCUGAUAAACCGGCUAGCUACAGAGAAGUAGUGGGAAGAUAUGUAGCGGAAAUAAGGAAGCUGAGUUUGACAAUUUUGGAGCUGAUAUCUGAAGGAUUAGGAAUUGAAUCAGGCUACUUUGAUGAGCAAAGUCAAGUUCAAUUGUUGUCAGCAAACAGGUAUCCACCGUGCCCAGAUCCAAGCCUGACUUUAGGCAUACCAAAACAUUUUGAUCCCAGCCUCAUAACAAUAAUUACUCAAGGGAAUGUGAGUGGGCUGCAAGUUAUGGUAGAUGGAAAGUGGGUGUGCAUUGGUGCGGUGCCUAAUGCUUUUGUUGUCAACAUAGGCAACCAGUUAGAGAUAAUCAGUAACGGGAUGCUAAGAAGUGUGGAGCAUAGAGCAGUAACAAAUUCAAGAGAAGCAAGAACAUCUAUAGCGCUCUUUGUCAAUCCAACUCCCAACUGCAUCGUUGAGCCUACAAAAGUCCUGCUGAAUGAGUCUAAUCCCCCUCUCUACAAAUUUAUUCUUUACAAAGAUUUUAUUAAUGCUUCCAAAGCUUUUGGUAUUCAUACUGAUGCCAUCCAAAAAGAAGCUUAACUUAAUGAUAUACUAUAAUUAGUAUUGUACCAUAUCCCAGAUCCUUUAUAUCUAUUUUGUUAGUACUAUCCCUUGGGAUGUUGAAAAAUUAAACUUGUUCAUAUGUUAGCUCGAUCAUGAACUAGUGUAUUAAUUAUGUUUCUUGGUUUUUGAAAUACAUGUAUUAGAGUAUGGAUUUGGUCAUGCACCUUGAGGGGAAAUAAGUCGAGUGGUGUUAUUCAUGUGCUUUUGAAGAUGGGAAAUGCAGACUUAUAACUAGUUAUACAUGUAUGUUAGGCUAGAUUCAUGGAGAAGUUUACCAAUAAAUAGUCAUGUUUUGGAUUAAGUGAAGGUGAAUUAGGAAUUUCCUUCC